GACGUCACGGUGACGUCACCUCCAACUGAGGACGCGAACCCUCGGGACGCGCGUCGGAGUCCUCUCGGUCCUUCAGCCGGUCACCUCCAUCGGUCCAGGAUGAAACCGUCACUGUUGCUGCUGCUUCUUCUUCUCUGUGGCGUUUCAUCACCAGCGAAACACUCCCUGAAGUUUUUCCUCACCGCCUCCUCCGGACUCCCGGACCUCCCCCAGUUUGUGGGCGUGGCCGUGGUCAACGGCGUCACGACGGGUAGCUGCGACACUACUUCGAACAUGGUGCAUGUGAAACAGGCCUGGGUGAAACGUUACGUGGAGAGCGACCCUCAGCACCUGCAGUGGUACACCGGAGAGUGUUUUCAGAUUUUACCGUACCACUUCAAAGCUCACAUCGACAUGUUCAGGCAGCGAUUCAACCAGAGCGAAGGUGUCCACAUUAUACAGUGGACGAACGGCUGUGAAUGGGACGAAGAGACGGGAGAGGUUAACGGUUUCAUGCAAAAUGGUUAUGAUGGAGAAGAUUACAUAGCGUUGGACCUGAAGACGCAGACAUGGAUCGCUUCGAAACCACAGGCUGUCGUCACCAAACUGUUAUUGGAUGCUGACAAGGGGAGGAUGAAACAAAUCAGCAACUUCUACACUCAGAUUUGUCCCAAAUGGCUGAGGGGGUAUUUGGAAUACGGGAAGAGCUCUCUGCUGAGAACAGAGCUUCCCUCGGUGUCCCUCCUCCAGAAGUCUCCCUCGUCUCCAGUGAGCUGCCACGCCACAGGUUUCUACCCCGACAGAGCCGUGAUGUUCUGGAGGAAAGAUGGAGAGGAGCUUCACGAGGACGUGGACGUGGACGAGAUCCUGCCCAACCAUGACGGGACCUUCCAGAUGAGCGUCGAGCUGCACAUUUCACCAGUCGCUCCUGAGGACUGGGGGAGGUACGACUGUGUGUUCCGGCUCUCUGGUGUGAAGGAGGACAUCGUCAUCAAACUGGACGAAGCAGUGAUCAGGACCAACCGGGUGAAGCCCAGUAACACGACCGUCUCCAUCGUCAUCGUCGUGUUGGUCGUUCUCGUUGUCGUCUCUGCCGCUGUCCUCGGAUUUAUAGUUUACAAAAAGAAGAAAGUCGUUUCCCCUCCACCUCAGUGUGAGUGUGUUUGUGAUCUUACAGCUCCCGACAGCGUCUCCAUGAGGCUGAAUCCAGAAGAAUGAUUGACAGACACACUCCGUGACGGAAGUCGGCACUUUGUACAACAAAAAUAAUCUUAAAAAUGUAUUACUCAAUCAGGUUUAUAUCCAGACCAGUCAGAUAAUGAUUUUUAAAAAACUUGCUUCAUAUGAUAAUGUUACAUAUUGUUUUAUUUCAAUAUUCUUUAUUUUAUUCUAAUGUUUGAAUUUAUGAUGGUGUAAUAAUGUGUUUCUUUUUGAAUGUGUGUGUUUGGAGUGUUGAUUGAUAUUUUGUAGUUUCCAGAAUAACUCCAUUUGUUACAGGUUUUUGUAAACAUGUGAAUUCAGUGUUUAAAAUAUCUUCACAUCUUCAUGGUUGAAUGCACUGAUUGUAAGUCGCUUUGGACAAAACCGUCUGCUAAAUGAAUAUAAUGUAAAAAAAAAGCAACAUGGAGCCAGUAGAGGGCAGCACGUGUCUCACUUUCUGCUGGGGAGUAUUUCCAAUAUGUCUGUAAACUGGUGUUUGGACAUGUCUUUAAAAAGGUUUUUAUUGCUCUUUCAAAAUAAAAGAUUAUCCGUGAUCCCCGAUAA